AACCAAGAAAGCUGAGCGCAGUGUUCUUGUUACUACAUUCCAACAGUCUUUACAUGAAUACAAAUUCAUCGUUAUUUAGAUUGUUAAAGAUGCGUAUCACUACUGCCUAUCUGCAUUGGCUAUUGUUCUUUCCAUCAUUGGUAUCUGCUGAGGCGGUUUCCCCAUUAGUAUUUCGUGGAGGAUCCGCAAAUAGACUCGACCAAGGAAGCAACGCCUUAGUACCUGGUGAGAAUUUUUAAACCUUUCCUGUCCAAACUUAAGUAUCAUCGGCUCUUGUAGAACUCUGGCUCUCAUCCUAAGUGUUCUAAUAUUUACUUUGAUUCGUUCUAUACGCAGACCUUGGGCAAGAUAUUCUUCAAGAGAAAAAAUUGAACACCAACAGUGCUGUAGACGAGAAGUACCUAGAGCGAAUCGUCCAGUCGCAAUGGGAAAAGCAUCGCCGGUGGAGAGCAGUAGCAAAGAAGAGAAAGUUCAAAGUGGAUGCUAGUCGCAUAUCGAAACUAGUUUUAGUUUCGUUUGGAGCUGUCGCACAAGUUGGAUCCACGCAGCUAGACAAGUACGCGUCACUGUCCAAAUACAAGUCAACCGCUAGUCUCCUUGGUUCGGUUUGCAUCGCGGCAGCUGGUCUUAUUAAAAACAAAAUUCUCACUGAUAAAGAAAUCCAUCAUAUGGUCACUAGUUAUGCUACGUCACAGGCUAUCAAAGCUGAAGUGUACAAGUUUCGUGCGAAUGUGAAGCCCUACAGCCAGUUCAAAAUGAAUCCAGAUGAAGCGUUGAACCUACUCCGAAGUCGUUGCAGUAGCAUUUCCGAAAGUACUAGCGAUGAAAAAUUUUAUUUGACACGCCAAGAUUCCAGUCCACCACCUGGUUGGCUGAACACUGUGGACCAGUACAUGGAAAAGCGAAUUGACGAUAUGAUAAACCGUUUCUAUGUAAAGCGAGGAAGAAGAUUGAAACAGCGAGCAGCAUUCUGCUCUCGUUGCGAGAAUGCGCUACUGGGUUUGUCGGGUGCUGCAAGCUUUUGUUCAGCCCAACAGCUUUCUGGACCGCUUCAGAAAGUUUUCUCUACGGUAGGUGGAUGGGGUGGAGCCUUCACUACUGUUUCUGCAGCGUUCGCGAACCACAUAGCAAAAGAAAAAUUCAAUGACAUCGCCGUUGAAUAUUUCGAAGCCGCUGCAAAAUUGCAGGAUGUAAAAGAUAGUUGGCCACCGACAGCAGCUAUGUCGGGAUCUCCGGAUUGGGAGGAGCAGGUGGCCAAAAGCGAAAACGUCAUCCUGACGACCAUCGAAGAAUGGGCGAAAGCAAAAACUGGUAAUGAAGACUUGCAUUUGAAGGCCGCGCCACCCGUAAAAAAGGAUCCUGUCUGGAACCCUGACGUUAUAUGCGGUACUGAUGAAAGCGGAUUUUACCCUGCAUCAGAUCGUGCGGAAUGGCUGGUUACAAACAAAAAUAUGACCCAAGCCGACGCACAAAAGAAAGUCAUGGUAGAGUUCCCUGAACGUUUUUAGACAAAUCAAAUUCUAGUUAUAUA